CUUUCAUCUUCCUUUUGCCUGCCUUCUUGAGGCAGAGCAUUUUCUUCUUUCCAUUACUCUCCUCCAGGUAUAAUAAUAUAUAUUCUUGAUCAGGUCGAGCACGAUACAUAGAAUUAAAGAAGAAACAUGACGACCUCUCGGCCGCUAGUGAUCACCGUUAUUUCUGCCAACAAUCUUAACAAGGGCAGAGUCUGUGCUAACGUUUCCAUCAAUAACCACGCCCCUUCGAAAAAGAAAACUCCUGUCGAUUGCAACGGUGGUUCAAACCCGGUCUGGAAUGUCCAGAUGAAGUUCUCUCUCAAUGACCGGAUGCUCCAAGAAGACCGCCUCCAACUUGUCAUCGACCUGCAUAGUCAGGAAGAGGGCGGAAGCAUAGGAGGGGCCAGUAUCAGGCUCAAGGCUAUCUAUGACACAUGCCGGCAGCAGGGAAGAGAUACCGACACCCCGCUUGAUCGCAGGAUUUACUUAACAAGUCCCACCGAACAGCAAGCUGGAACAGUUAGAAUCUCGUUUAUGUUCAAGGAGGCGUUUAUCCACAAUAAUCCAGGCUCUCCAGCUGGCAGUGGAUCUGGCAAUUCUGUCAACGAAUCAGGAAAGAUUUCAGCGAUCAGUGGACCAAGUGGAAUACUACCGGGUAAGAGACCAGACAAUACUAAAAUUACUGGCACCGAGAGUAGUGGAUCAACGUCGUCGGGCCAGAACGCGAGUGGUGGAAUUGGCAAAAUGUUUAGCACGACCGUUGCACCUGCUGUGCUAACAAUGUCAGCUAUUUCUGCCACUCUGAAUAUUACAGAUCAUUUUCAUCAUGAUAAUGAUCACCACGGAGACCACCUGAGUUCUAACCCACAGUACGACAGCCCUGUCAUUGGUAACGAUGAUAAUGAUCACCACGGAGACCACCUGAGUUCUAACCCACAGUACGACAGCCCUGUCAUUGGUAACGAAGAUAAUGAUCACCACGGAGACCACCUGAGUUCUAACCCACAGUACGACAGCCCUGUCAUUGGUAACGAAGAUAAUGAUCACCACGGAGACCACCUGAGUUCUAACCCACAGUACGACAGCCCUGUCAUUGGUAACGAAGAUAAUGAUCACCACGGAGACCACCUGAGUUCUAACCCACAGUACGACAGCCCUGUCAUUGGUAACGAAGAUAAUGAUCACCACGGAGACCACCUGAGUUCUAACCGACAGUACGACAACCCUGUCAUUGGUAACGAAGGAUACGAAUCAUACGAUAUACGCGAUCAUGACGUUCCAGUUGAUUCAGAUAUUGCCGUUGAUGGCUUUCCAAAUUUGGUCGACAUUUUCUUCAAUCUUUUUUAAAUGAGAAAAUCGGUGUCGCAUUUACAGUUUACAGGCUCCAGAAAUCUUCCUCAAGUGUGUGCUUAUUUACAUUAUCUAUUAGAGUACUGUUGGGGUUGCAUGAAAACUUCAACUAAUAUGUAUUAAUCUUCCCUUAUUUCGCUUGUCUUAUUAAUUAUAAGUUUGUUUGCGUUGCAGCUGUACGUGUUCUCUGUGUGUCUAAAGUAGUAUGUAUCUAUAUACAGUAGUUUCUGCGUUGAUUGUGGAUGCCAUGUUACUCUCGUCUCUUUAAUAAAGCGUUUAAUUAUUUACUUUUUA